GAAACAAGGCAUUGCAACGUUCCUGGGAUUGAAUUGCAGCCCUCAUCGGAAAUCGUUCUCCUCACAGAAACGGUUGCGGCGGCGCAGUGCGUAUUUGGUGCGGACAGUCAAAAGGGGGGCGGCUAAGCAAAUUUUAUCUAGCAUCUUCCCUAUCUGCCAGUGCUGUUCUAAAAGUAUAAUUUCGGUCUCCCAAUUGAUUGUCUCACAGGAAUGUAUCAACAAACAGACGCAGUGACCUCCCCAACAGAGAAAAUCGUGCUGAAAAGCACCUCAACAGUUUCCCUCAACGAUCGCUUCACGACUAUGCUGAAGAACAAGCAGCCGGAGCCAGUGGAUGUACGAGCCAACAUGCAGCAGCAGCAAGUGGCCAGUGUCCGCAACAGGAGACUGGCUCUGCAGAUGGAGAACAGGACCUCUGUGCAGGCCGCCCUGCAGCCCAAGAGCCUGAAGCAGCGCCUGGGGAAGGGCAACGUCCUGACAAGGCUAGGUCGGCCCAUUGGGACCCUGAUGCGGGGGGCCACCAGAAGCCGAGGGUUUGCUGUAAGGGGACUGCGAGGGAUGAACCGAGGAGGAUUCAGAGUGCAUGGAAACAACAGAUGGGGCUUUUUGAGAGGUGGCUAUGCUUUGAGAGGUGGCUAUGCUUUCAGAGGUGUGAAUCAGAUGCGUGCCCGGGGAGGGGUGACUAAGCUUAGGUUUCGUCAGGGCCUGAGGCUGCAAGGUGGCCAGCUGAACAAUGCUGGAGUGCUGGUGAGCCGCGGAGCCAGGAAUGGACUGGGCCUGAGAGGAAGAGGCAGAGGAGCGGGUCUGGGCCUGCGGGGCCGGGGAGGGUUCAGGUGCAGAGGCAUGGGCAAACCUGAAAAAAUCCCCACCAAAGAGGAGCUGGACAACCAACUAGACAACUACAUGUCAAUGACCAAGAGCCACCUAGACGCAGAGCUGGAUUCCUACAUGGCCAUGGCAGGCUCUGACUACAUGGAGUAGAACCCUGCUGGAAGACUGGGGGAAGCAGCAUCAACAAAUGCAUUGAGGCUAUCCAGAGGUGAUCCAUUUAGUAGAACUGCCCCUCACUGGAAAUAGACGGAAGUGACAACCAGGGUCUCUGGCUUAUUCAGAACUAUUGUUAGAAGAAGCACUAUUUGUGAACCAAUAUGUGGUGGUACAUACAUGCCCAGGAGCAUGUGUUAUGUGGCUUAAUUAGAGCUCUCUAGAGUCAUACUUGAACUGUUUCACACACUUGAGCUGUUACGUUAUUUUCGUAAUUUAUUAAUUUAAUUUAUAAGCUCAGUCCUGAGCAGGGUGGUCUAAAACCUUGCCUAAGAAAAGUAUGAAGGUCUGCAGGACUUGUCUAUGAAAAAAUUACUUGUUCAGUAAAAUCACAAGCAAGCUAACCAAUUCUCUUUGCUCAGGUACAUUAUGAGUUUGUCCAAGACACUGCUCUGUAUAAUAUCCCAGAAAGACUUCACACUACAUAGAUUUGUUGUGUUUUGGUUUACAUGGUUUAUACUACGCACGGUUUUGUCAUGUUUCGCACAAUGUUAUGUUACUCUCAAAAUUGAGUUUCUUUUUUUGGUCAUCUUUUAUUUGUGAAAGACAACGGUACGUACCUCAGCUAGCCAGGUUUGCCUGCAUUGUGGACUUAUAUAGACAUGGAAAUGUUGAUCUAUUUUUAGAUGACAAAUAUUGCUUCCAUUUGUAAUAAGAGGCCUAGUUAUCCAACCUGUUCCUGUUGGGUCAUUUUUUUCAUUCUCAAAAACAUUCCCUAGCUGUUACGAAUAUUCUUAAGGGUGUUUGCUUCAUUUUUGUUAAGUUUUGAUAUGUUUGACAUUGUUUUAAUAAAAUUAUUUUUAAAGGUG